AUGCCGCCGCACGUAGGCGUCCACGCAGGCGUCCAUGUGUCUGUGCAGUUAUUUGCAUGCGACGAGCGAGUUCCUGCUGCAGCGGGCGAAGCAGGUCACUCUACCCGGCGCGGCUCAAACCACGUGCCGCCACCACAGCCGUGGGACAGGCCGCAGGGGCAGGUGAAGACUUGGAGAGGAGAAAAGCUGAAAACUCAGAUGGAGCGUGGGGAGGCAUGCGCUCUGGAGAAGCCCGGGCGGGCGAUAUGCAGCGGUUGCGAGCGCCCUGCGCGCGUCUGUUACUGCGGCAAGCUGCCAAAGCCUCCGCUGAGUUUUUCUGGCGAUUUCGCGGGCGUCGUGAAAGGCCUCGUCGUCUACGUCCACCCCUUGGAGGCCAAGCGAAAGAUGGGCUCUCUCCCUCUGCUCACGCGCGCCGUCACGCCCGUCCAUGUCUUUCAGCGGCGCAAGCCCGGAACCGUGAAGCUUCCGAGGUCGGCGCGGUUCCGUCAGUCCCCUCGAGGUGAAGCGAACCAGGCCGGGAAGCUUCCCAAUUGCGCGCGCGACUUUCCUGAAUCAGGACUCGCUUCAUGUCCGCCAUCUGCCGCGGCCUCGACGUCUUCAGCGUUUUCGCGCGCGCCCCCCUCACCUUGCCCUGGCGCCGUGUCGCAGCCGCGCGGCACCUCCGCCUCCUCGGCACCUCCGCAGGCAGCGAGUGCAGGAGCCUGGAUAUACGACGCCGAUGUGAGUGUAUUUGAGGGCGGCUGUUGCACCAAGCCCUUCCUUCCGCAGUCUCGCUCUCUGUCCGCAGCCACUGCGCCUCCAGCGCCGCUGGCGCCUUGCAGCGCCGCCGCCGUCGCCCCUGCUGCGUCAGGUUGCCUUUUUUCCUCCUCUCGCGCCUCUCAUCCUUGCUCUUCGUGUGCGACGGCGCCUUGCGCGGCGCCGUCGCUGUCUCGCUCCCCCGCGUCUGCCGAGGCAUCCACUCCCUCGCUAGCAGCCCAGCUCGCCGCGCCUCCGCCGGCACCGCAAGGGGAGGCGAACAACCUCCUUCUGUUGUUUCCUGCGCCGUGGAGCUUCGAGCUCGGCCGCGGCGCGUUUCCGCUGCAGCUGCCGGUGACGCUGCUCUGUCUUGACGGCACCUGGAAGGAGGCCAAGGAGAUGUUGAACGCGGCGCCGUGGCUCGCCGACGUUCCAGCAGUGCGGCUGCCAGGGUGCCCGCUCUUCAGCGAGGAGUGCGCCGGCGUCUCGCGCGCAGAUGCAGGCGCGGAAAGCCUCGGACGCCGCGCCGACGAGACCCCAGAGGCGGACGGCUGGCAGCCUGCAAACGGCGGCGCCUGCUGCGUGCCUGGUGGGGCCGGCGGAGACAGCGGGGGCGGCGACGGAAGGCUGCUGGCGGCAGACAGAGGAGCUCCAGCGAGUGGCGAAGUUGUCGGUGUGAGAGCGGCCGCGACAGCAGAAGAUGGGGAGAGCGAGGAGGCGCCGAGGCACCCUGGGGACUCUAACCGACUCGCAGGCAGACAUAGGAGAUCGAGCAAGACGGCGGGAGAUGCGAAUCGGCACGCGACGGACGCGCCACCGCAAGCAGCUCUAGACGACAGGCGACGUGACGCGCAAGCUGCGCCAAAACGCGCGGCAGCGUCUGCCCGCGCGGCGUCUCCAAGCGAUCCUUCUCGUGUUGCGCAGGCGGCGCCAGGAGGAGGCGAACGCGGCGAAGGCGGGUGUGAGGCGAGAGCCGCGGCGGAAUCCUGGGGGGCUUACAAGUCAGUCCGGACGCCGUCUCGAAAGAUCGCAGAUGAGGGAGGCGUGUGCACGGCUGAAGCGGUUGCGCGGAGUCUCGCGGCGAUCGCGCAGUGGAGUCGCGGGGACUGCAGCGAGAGAGCCAAGGCGUUCGAUGCAUCGGUGUUGAGUCUCCUGACAUUCGUCGCCUCGAAACAGAGACGCUGCAAGGAGGAAGACAACGCGGUGGAGAGCGAAAACGCGAAGAAAGCCAAGCCAGAUCUCGCGGAGUCUUCCCGACACUCCGCUCCCGCGUCGGCUCACGCCAGCGCACAACGCAACUGA